GGUCCCGCUUCGCAGUCACGAGUCGGUCGGUCGGUCGGUCGGUCGGUCGGUCGUCGGUCGGAAUUAAAUAAGAACGUUGUGUGUGUGGUGGCGCACGAAAGGGUCCGCUUGACAGUAAAGAAGAAGAAAAAAAAAAGAGAAAAAGAAAAGAAAAAAGACAUGAAAAAAUAGAAAAGUAAAGAAGAACAAAAAAAAGAUAUAUAUAUAUACAUAUAUAUAUAUAUAAAUAAAUAAAUAAAUAUAUAUAUAUAUAUAUAUAUAUUUGAAAAAGAGUUUCGGAGAACAGUUCGUCAUCGAGUGUCUCAAUCGACGUUUAAUCACGAGAAAAUUAGUAAUAAGAAAUAUAUAUAUAUAUAUAUACAUAUAUAUAUAUAUACAUUUAAAAAUAAACAAACAAUAACAAAAUACAUAUAUAUAUAUAUAUAUACAUGUAUAUACAAUUAUAUACAUAUGUAUACGUAUAUUUAUGUAUCGAUGUAUAAAACUUUUCGGAGUGAAACGAAGAAGAAUGGACAUAGUGAAAAGUAAAUGACAAUUAAUCGUGUUUUGUUUUUAAUUGAAAAGAAUCGAUCUCCGUACAGGAUAGAGGACAGUGACAUACAGAUAGAGAAAGAGAAAGAGAGAGAGAGAGAGAGAGAGGGAGAGAGAUCGCAAUUCAUUUCAUUUAGAUAUUAAAUUAUAAUAUAAAUUAUAAUAGAAAUUUCGUGAGUGUCUUUUCUAAGUUAGAAGACGGAGAAAGAGAAAGAGAGCGAGAGCGAGAGAGAGAGAGAGAGAGAGAGAAAAAGAAAGGGAGAAAGAGAGAUAGAAGAUUUGGAGGUUAACCGUACCGAGGGAUCGCCCGGCUCGACGAAAUGGUAUAUGAAAGAGGCUUCGAUAUGGUGGAAACAAUGCCGCAAACAGUGCCUUCAGCGGCUGGCUAUUCGCCGUCUUUCGACUACAGUACCUUUCAAUUCGAUUUGUCUCUUCUUCCUGAUGAUUAUGGUGGUAUCGGUAAUGGUCAAAACAAUUUAAAACCAAACCAGAUAAAGCAGGAAGCUUGUUCGCCGCGUCCUUGUUCCCCGAUAACAACGACGCCAAAAAUAACAACGACAACGGCGAUCACAACGACAACGGCGAAUUAUCCAAGUCCAGCUUAUACCGGUACUGGGCCUUGCGAGUUACCAUUGUCGCCAAAUUAUUCUCAUGAAAAUUCACCUGGAUAUCCUACGAGCCCUUAUUACGUACCAAGAAGUCCCCAAAGUGCACAGUUUUAUCCGACCAGUCCUGAACCCCCUUCGAGCAAACAACCGAUCAAAAGAGAGAAGAGUCUCGAUUUGCUUGCAAUACUUCAAGAAUCCAGACUCUUAGCCGAGAGUCUAGGAUAUCGUGAAGAUUCGACGGAUUGUACGGUACCAUGUACACCGCCAAGAACCGAGGAGGACAUUUACAAUAGUCUGGAUGCUGAUUUUUUUGCUAAAAAAGAGGACGCCAGUACUGUCCAAGGUCAACAUCCCUUGUUAAAAGAGAUACUUUUCAAGGAAGAGCCACGUUCAGCUACAAACAGUGUUUGUAGUAAUUCUCCUUCCUCUUCCUCCUCCUCCUCUUCCUCUUCUUCGUCAUCAUCAUCGUCAUUAUCGUCAUCGUCAUCGUCAUCAUCUUCUUCCUCUUCCUCUUCUUCUUCGUCCUCGCCCACGUUAUCGUUAUCGUUAUCGUUAUCAUCGUCCUCGUCGUCGUCGUCCUCGUCGUCGUCAUCAUCAUCAUCAUCAUCAUCAUCAUCAUCAUCAUCGUCGUCGUCGUCGUCGUCCUCGUCAUCGUCCUCGUCCUCGUCAUCAUCAUCAUCGACUGCUUCGUCCUCGCCAGGACCUAUCGAGUACGAGAGCACGUCGCCAUUACGCGAGUUACUCUUCAAAGGUGUUAGAAAGGAUUUCAUCAACAAUCUUCAACAACAGACAACAUCGAUUAAAAUCAAUCAGGCAAAAAUAGAAAGACAACAGGACAUUAUAACAAGGAGUAAUCCCCUUGAGAAGGAAGAGGAAUUGUUUAAGGAUACUGAAAAGAGUGAUCAUCAAUUACUCCGCGAGGUAUUAAGGGAUACGAGCUUUCAAAGGAAAUACAAUUUGAGACCGGUUGAUCUUGGUGGGGUUGGUACUGGUUACGUCGAGGACAUGGAGUCUGGUGAAUGUGUCGGUGAUCUGGCAAGAGAACAAAUUGAACCAGUCCUUAGCCUUGCGAUUCAACAAUUACAAAAGGACUUUGAUAAUACCUGCGUUGCUUUGGGUAUUCAUCCUGAGCCCAGACGUUGGAGCGCGGCUGACGUUGCCGCAUGGGUACAAUGGGCUAGGAGACAAUUGCAAUUGCCGUCUGUGCCCUUGGAAAGUUUCAACGUCGAUGGCGCAACUUUGGCAUCCCUAACGGAAGAAGAAUUCUGUCAAAGAGCACCGCAGUGCGGCGGUAUGUUACAUGCACAAUUGGAAAUCUGGAAAGCCGCGGUCGAGGAAUCACCUAGGAAUACAUUGGCGGCAUCUUGGAGUCCAACUGGUGUAGUACAAACACCUGUCAAUCCUGUGACAACCACACCAACGUCCGCCGUUGUCAAUGUUAAUUCUGUCAACGUCAAAGGUUCGACUUGUACAAUUGAUUUCUCCGACGACGAGGAUGACGAUUGCAGUAACGGUCAAACAGGUAACAACGUUAAUGGCACCAAUCCACCUGGUAAAAUGCGAAAUGGUGGUUCACAUAUUCACCUAUGGCAAUUCCUAAAGGAACUACUACAGAGCCCAGGAGUCCAUGGUUCCUGUAUACGUUGGUUGGAUCGCGGAAAGGGUGUUUUCAAAAUCGAAGAUUCAGUUAGGGUUGCCAGGCUAUGGGGUAAACGUAAGAAUCGUCCUGCGAUGAAUUACGAUAAGCUUAGCCGUAGCAUUAGGCAAUAUUACAAGAAGGGUAUAAUGAAGAAAACUGAACGUAGCCAGAGACUGGUUUAUCAAUUUUGUCAUCCAUAUUGUCUUUGAGGAAAAACAAAGAAAAAGGGGGAAAAGAGAAAAAAAAGAAAAAGAAAAAAAAAAAAAAAAAAAAAACAAGAAAAAAAGCAAAAAGAAAAGAAAGGAAGAGAUGGGGGAGAUGAGAGAUGAAACGAGGGGGAACGAAAAAAAAAAAAGAUGAAAAAAUAAAGAAAAACGAAAAGAACGAAAAGGAAGAUACAAUGCAAAAUAAACAAAACGGAGAAAAAACGAGUGACACAAAUCGCUCCUGUAUUUUGAUGGAAAGUUUUGGGGUGGGUGAAGGUAGAUAAACUAAACAAAAAAAACAAACAAACAAA